AUGCAGCAUUUAUACACUAUACAUCAAUCAGUGAAAGAUCUAGCUGGUCUAAAAGAUUAUAUUAUGAAACAACAAAUUGGGAAUAAACAAGGACUUCCUGACGACUAUCCCGUUGUGAAUCGCAAUAAACAAGUGGAAGUGAAAGAAUUUGUUGCUGCUGGCCCGGAUGUGGGCAAAACAACGAAAAUGAUGAAAAAAGCACGGGGGGAUCGGGUUUAUUGGGUGGAGGAAAUGGGCGUGCUGAAAAUGCAGGAAAAUCCUGCAUUAGAUAAAAAAUUGGUCUUGUACACAUAUGCACAAGAAGCCAAUUUAUUUGUAGAAACCUAUCUACAACAUUAUCAGACAACGGGUAAAUUGUAUUACCCAAUUAAGUUGUGUGUUGCCGAUUUAAACAAAUCGGCUUAUAUAUCCCGAGGUCGUGUGCUAAAGUACAUGAACUCAAUAAAUGGAUUAAUUAUUGUCGGUAAACAAGAUGAAACAAAAAAGGAAAAAGAAGAAGAAGAAGAAGAAGAAGAAGAUGAUGAUGAUGAUGAUAACAAAGAAAAUGACGAAGAAGCAGACGAAGAAGAAGAAGAAGAAGAAGAAAAAACAAGAAAAAGUGAAAAAGAAGAAAAGAAAAGAAAUAUAGCAAAGAAAUUGGCAAAAGUAAAGAAGUAAGUAGUACAAUGUUCGCUUGUUUUCCUUUACUAAUUUUCUUUUUCUUUUAGAAAUCUAUCAGAUGCAUUAUCCAAUGAACAUGUUUUAACAAGA